GUGCAGGUUACGGUUGUUUCGUGCGUGUCGGAAUGAAGUCUAUUCAAAUCUUACUAUCCACUGCACUUACUUUCCUUCUCUCUGGACUUUCCAUGACCACCGCCUGCAACAAGGCUCUCUGUGCCAGUGAUGUCAGCAAGUGCCUCAUUCAGGUAAGAAGGCUUAGUACGUUUUUGAAAAGGCAUUUGGUUUAGGUAAACUUUUCUCAAUAAUAAACAUUUUCAGUUACUAAAUCACUUUGAGAUAACUCUAUGCAAUUUCUAUAAGGGAUCUAUCAUCUGUCUUUUCAGAGUAAAGUGCCACUGCCAUACAGUGUUAUGCCAAUAUUUUAUUCCUUGGAGUUCAAAUAAGACUUGAUGAACCUCCCACUAUGCAUUUCCACUGUGUGUAUGUCAUUUUACAUUAACCUAAAAUCUCUGCCAUGGUCACUGUAUUCUCUCUGUCCUGGAAACAUGCAUACAACCAUGACAGUACCUGUAAACUAAAUAAACCCUUCUGAGAACACUCAACUAACAAAGGGGAGAUACUAAAAAUGGACUCUGAAGUUGGCAGGGCUACAAUCAAGCGCAGGUUUUAAAUUUACAGCCCAGUGUCUUCAAAGGAUGUAGCCUAGUCUACCUUGGCUGUACAUGUGAUGGCCAAUGGAGAUUAAUAUCUGUAUACCUUCCAUGGUUACUGUUGCAGUCACAAUUACACUUGACUGUGGGCUCAGUUAGCUCCAUCCCUGUGCACAUCUGGAAUUUGACCUCUGCUCUCCAUUUGAACUGCCCUCCCAGCUGCACUGGAGGAGUCACAAAACAGGCAGCUGGAGGUCGGCCCACUCCUCAAGCAUAUGCAGUUACACACACACACACACCCGUAGUGAUUUCUAAAUAGGGACAGGAUAUUAUGUAUGGUUUAUUUUCUUGUGUUUGUGUCAACCAUGACGUGCUCAAUACACACCAAGAUAAAUAAAUCAUGUUACGUUGUUUUGGCCCUCCUCAUGUAAAGCCAGACUGAGACUGUAUUGAAAGAAUGUUUACACAAGUUUGCACAACAUGAUAAAGGCUUAAAUGCAUACAAGAUAUAUGUAAAUGUGUGCAACCUUCGCACUGUCUAUUGCUGAAUUUCUCUCUUGUGAGUUAUGCACUUAUGUAUAUCAGUCAUGCCACAUACAUAAAAUGUGUCCAUGUUAUAAUAUAUAUUGUGUUUUGUGAUGUACAGGAGCUGUGUCAGUGCAGGCCCUCAGAUGGGAACUGCUCGUGCUGUAAGGAGUGUAUGCUCUGUCUGGGCACACUGUGGGAGGAGUGCUGUGACUGUGUGGGUAGGUGCCAGAGGUGUGGACUCGAGUCUGACUCAUGUCACAAAUUUGAUGACUUGAGACUCGACAUGAUAGAAAAUAAAAUAACUUGAGACUUAAGUUGGAGCCUCAAGGCUCGGGACUCGACUUGAGACUGAUGACUUGAAAUUCUGGCCAGGUUUUGUCACUCAUUUUGUGGCACAGUCUCUCUGUGGAUUACUCUCCACACAGCCAGAGACAGUAGCUGCAGGCAUCACACUUGACCCCCAAAAGAGUUUGAGAGGAUUGCCAUAAAUAUACAGCUCCAAAAAUUGUUUGGUGAUCAAGAAUAUUAACUGUUUACUUUGCAAGCUCACCAGCAAUGGGGCAUCAUGCAACAAUUACUAGCAUAGCUCUUUUUUAAGUAAAAAUUGCUUGAAAUUGAUCUUAUGAAGCUUGCAUUUGGAAUUAGUAGUUAAAAUUAAUUAUUACAUAACCAAAAUGUUGUAGACAAAAUAAUGAAAAGGGCUGUAUGGUUCCUCAAUAAAUAGACACAGAUUUGUAGUUGAUGUCAUUGCAUGCCUUGAUUUUUAUUUAUUUUUUACUUGACUUGAAAUAACUUGACUCAGCUCGUCUUGACUUGCUCUUAAAAUGCAUGACUUGGACUUGACUUGAGACUUGGACCUUUUGACUCGAGACUUGCUUGUGACUUGAAUAAUAGUGACUUGGUCCCACCUCUGGUUGGUGCCAUGGACUAGGUGCACAUUGAAAAGGACAAAUAAUAACCAGUGUCAGAAUGGAUUAAUGAGGAUGGGUAUUUGGUUUUUGAAUCAUAUCGAGCUCCUCCAAAUCCUUCCUUCCUUUAUUCACUGAUUGUUCAAGGUAGUGCACCCAUCCUAUUUUACAAGUGCAGUGCAGUGAAUGUUGAGUAUCAAAUGAACAAAUAGGAGAAUAGUGGUUUACUGAUGAUCAGUAAUUUAUUGUAAUAAAUUAUUUGAUUUAUUUACCAAUUAUCAACUUGCUCCCUGCAUCCCCUCACACAGGGAUGUGUAACCCCAGGAACUACAGCGACACUCCGGCUACCUCCAAGAGCACGGUGGAGGAACUCUACCGACCCAUCCCCUCACUGUUCCGCGCCCUUACAGAGGGCGAAGCACCCAUCAACAUGAUGGUAGUAUCCUUCCCCGUGGCCGAGGAACUAUCUUACCACGAGAACCUGGUGUCUUUCCUGAAAACAAUGGAGGACCAGCACCAAAAUGUCUCCCUGCCCGGGAACAGUAUCCACGCCAGCUACGAUAACACCCAAAGUACUGCAGGUAGAGAGGGAUGAGAGGGUUGAAUUAUGGGGAUACUCAUAGCUGCUGGGUACUACUUCCAUAAUAAGAGAGUAAAUGGAGCGUAGGCACAUCAUACAGUCUUGCACAGAUGCCUUUUAUCAAAGUAUUAGUUCAUCAGAAAAACUCAGAUUCUACACGUUUAGCAUUACAUUUACAUUACAUUUUAGUCAUUUAGCAGACGCUCUUAUCCAGAGCGACUUACAGGAGCAAAUUAGGGUUAAGUGCCUUGCUCAAGGGCACAUUUACGUCAUUUAGCAGACGCUCUAGUCCAGAGCGACUCACAAAUUGAUGCAUUCACCCUAUAGCCAGUGGGAUAACCACUUUACACAUUUUUUUUUGGGGGGGGGGGGUAGAAGGAUUACUUUAUCCUAUCCCAGGUAUUCCUUAAAGAGGUGGGGUUUCAAAUGUCUCCGCAUUUGUAGCAAAAAUCCCAUUUAAGUCAUGGGACCGAUAUUGUCAUUUUUCACGCAUCAUGUCCAAAUCAUCCAAAAGUAUCUAUUGUGAAGCUCAACAAAGUCCCAUACAGUGCUUUCGGAAAGUAUUCAGACACCUUUACUUUUUCCACAAUUUGUUACGUUAGACUUAUUUUGAAAUUGAUUAAAUAAAACAAAUUCCUCAAUCUACACACAAUACCCCAUAAUGACAAAGUUAAACUUUUUUUUUUUUUUUUUCAAACUUUAUAAGAAUGUAAAAACACAUACCUUAUUUACAUAAGUAUUCAGACCCUUUGCUAUGAGACUCAAUUGAGCUCAGGUGCAUCCUGUUUCCAUUGAUCAUCCUUGAUGUUUCUACAACUUGAUUGGAGUCCACCUGUGGUAAAUUCAAUUGAUUGGAUAUGAUUUGGAAAAGCACACGCCUUUCUAUAUAAAGGUCCCACAGUUGACAGUGCAAAAACCAAGCCAUGAGGUCGAAGGAAUUGUCCGUAGAGCUCCAAGACAGGAUUGUGUCGAGGCACAGAUCUGGGGAAGGGUACCAAAAAAUGUCUGCAGCAUUGAAGGUCCCCAAGAACACAGUGGCCUACAUAAUUCUUAAAUGGAAGAAGUUUGGAACCACCAAGACUCUUCCUAGAGCUGGCUGCCCAGCCAAACUGAGCAAUCGUGGGAGAAGGGCCUUGGUCAGGGAGGUGACCAAGAACCCGAUGGUCACUUUGAUAGAGUUCCUCUGUGGAGAUGGGAGAACCUUCCAAAAGGACAACCAUCUCUGCAGCACUCCACCAAACAGGCCUUUAUGGUAGUGGCCAGACGGAAGCCACUCCUCAGUAAAAGGCACAUGACAGCCCGCUUGGGAGUUUUCCAAAAGGCACCUAAAGACUCUGACCAUGAGAAACAAGGUCUGAAGGAAACCUUGCACCAUCCCUACGGUGAAGCAUGGUGGUGGCAGCAUCAUGCUUUGGGGAUGUUUUUCAGCGGCAGGAACUGGGAGACUAGUCAGGAUCGAGGCAAAGAUGAACGGAGAAAAGUACAGAGAGAUCUUUGAUGAAAACCUGCUCCAGAGUGCUCAGGACCUCAGACUGGGGUGAAGGUUCACCUUCCAACAGGACAACGACCCUAAGCACACAGCCAAGACAACACAGGAGUGGCUUAGGGACAAGUCUCUGAAUGUCCUUGAGUGGCCCAGCCAGAGCCCGGACUUGAACCCGAUCGAACACCUCUGGAGAGACCUGAAAAUAGCUGUGCAGCGACGCUCCCCAUCCAACCUGACAGAGCUUGAGAGGAUCGGCAGAGAAUAAUCAAUUUUUGAAUAAGGGUGUAACUCCUGAGUGGCGCAGUGGUCUAAGGCACUGCAUCGCAGUGCUAACUGUGCCACUAGAGAUCCUGGUUCGAAUCCAGGCUCUGUCGCAGCCGGCCGCGACCGGGAGACUCAUGGGCGGCGCACAAUUGGCCCAGCGUCGUCCAGGGUAGGGGAGGGAAUGGCCGGCAGGGAUGUAGCUCAGUUGAUAGAGCAUGGCGUUUGCAAUGCCAGGGUUGUGGGUUCGAUUCCCACGGGGGGCCAGUAUAAAACAUUAAAAAAAAAAAAAAAUGUAUUCACUAACUGUAAGUCGCUCUGGAUAAGAGCGUCUGCUAAAUGACUAAAAUGUAAUGUAAAUGUAACAUAACAAAAUGUGAAGAAAGUCAAGGGGUCUGAAUACUUUCCAAAGGCACUAUAGAUAACAUGCAAACAUUUUUUAUAAAAUCGAUCCCAUGACUUGAAUGGGAUUUGUGCCACAAAUGCUAAAAUUAAUUACUAUUAAAGAGAUUCUCUGGUACUUUUGUAUACUUUUUAGCCAGCAGUUCUGAAAGGAGCGCUCACAAGCCAAAAGUGGUCCCCGAAAAUUGCGUACUAUGUCACAUAUGUGGAGAUAUGUGCACCACGUCAUUGCUCUCUCUUGUUCUGCUGUGUGUGCAUCUUGCUAGUUGUCACUCAAAUGGUGAGGGGCUAAAGCUCAUUGGCUGGAACUCGAUUUGCUAGGGGGCUGGCCCACGUGGGGGAAAAUGGAGCUGUGCAGCUUCCAGUAAACAGUCGCUUUCACUAGGGAUUAUUGAGGUAAGACAGUAAUUCUGCUCAUAGAUUAUGACUGUAUGAACUACACAUUGACACAUCCAGCCCAAAGCGGGAGGUUUAAAAAAUACUUACUAGUCGCCAAAGUUACGGAGCAUGUCUUUAACCUGAGCAGAUUGGGCACCCUCAUAAGUGCUAAAGAUGUUAACUUUGGUCCAGCCCACAAUUUUAGGGAAACCCAAGGAGUCAAUGUAUAGCUCAAACCCCUGACAGGGUCCAUAUUGUUUUAGGAGAGGGAGGGCUAAGCUAUAAUGAACUCAUGGCUAAAGCUGCUUUGAGCUGAGCUUGGUGGCUAGACCCCUCCAUAAAAGCUUAUGAGAUCUUGGCCAUCUUUUGAUGGGUUUAGCGGGUAAACCAAGCAGCCCUGCAAAUUAUUAUGAGUAGAUUGCUACUGUUGCUGGCCUUGUGGACUUUCAUGUGCAUCCACUCCAUUUGUCCUCUCCUCAGCAACCAGUUCUAGUGAUUUGUAAUUGACUAAGAACUUGUGUGUGAGGCAGUGUCUAGACUUGACAGUUCAUAUUUAUGAUCAUGGAAUUUUGAACGCGUCAUGCGUCUACACAUACAUUUUAAAUACACUGCUCAAAAAAAUAAAGGGAACACUAAAAUAACACAUCCUAGAUCUGAAUGAAUGAAAUAAUCUUAUUAAAUACUUUUUUCUUUACAUAGUUGAAUGUGCUGACCACAAAAUCACACAUUAUCAAUGGAAAUCUAAUUUAUCAACACAUGGAGGUCUGGAUUUGGAGUCACCCUCAAAAUUAAAGUGGAAAACCACACUACAGGCUGAUCCAACUUUGAUGUAAUGUCCUUAAAACAAGUCAAAAUGAGGCUCAGUAGUGUGUGUGGCCUCCACGUGCCUGUAUGACCUCCCUACAAUGCCUGGGCAUGCUCCUGAUGAGGUGGCGGAUGGUCUCCUGAGGGAUCUCCUCCCAGACCUGGACUAAAGCAUCCGCCAACUCCUGGACAGUCUGUGGUGCAACGUGGCGUUGGUGGAUGGAGCGAGACAUGAUGUCCCAGAUGUGCUCAAUUGGAUUCAGGUCAGGGGAACGGGCGGGCCAGUCCAUAGCAUCAAUGCCUUCCUCUUGCAGGAACUGCUGACACACUCCAGCCACAUGAGGUCUAGCAUUGUCUUGCAUUAGGAGGAACCCAGGGCCAACCGCACCAGCAUAUGGUCUCACAAGGGGUCUGAGGAUGUCAUCUCGGUACCUAAAUGGCAGUCAGGCUACCUCUGGCGAGCACAUGGAGGGCUGUGCGGCCCCCCAAAGAAAUGCCACCCCACACCAUGACUGACCCACCGCCAAAUCGGUCAUGCUGGAGGAUGUUGCAGGCAGCAGAACGUUCUCCACGGCGUCUCCAGACUCUGUCACGUCUGUCACAUGUGCUCAGUGUGAACCUGCUUUCAUCUGUGAAGAGCACAGGGCGCCAGUGGCGAAUUUGCCAAUCUUGGUGUUCUCUGGCAAAUGCCAAACGUCCUGCACGGUGUUGGGCUGUAAGCACAACCCCCACCUGUGGACGUCGGGCCCUCAUACCACCCUCAUGGAGUCUGUUUCUGACCGUUUGAGCAGACACAUGCACAUUUGUGGCCUGCUGGAGGUCAUUUUGCAGGGCUCUGGCAGUGCUCCUCCUGCUCCUCCUUGCACAAAGGCGGAGGUAGCAGUCCUGCUGCUGGGUUGUUGCCCUCCUACGGCCUCCUCCACGUCUCCUGAUGUACUGGCCUGUCUCCUGGUAGCGCCUCCAUGCUCUGGACACUACGCUGACAGACACAGCAAACCUUCUUGCCACAGCUCGCAUUGAUGUGCCAUCCUGGAUGAGCUGCACUACCUGAGCCACUUGUGUGGGUUGUAGACUCCGUUUCAUGCUACCACUAGAGUGAAAGCACUGCCAGCAUUCAAAAGUGACCAAAACAUCAGCCAGGAAGCAUAGGAACUGAGAAGUGGUCUGUGGUCAUGACCUGCAAAACCAGUCCUUUAUUGGGGGUGUCUUGCUAAUUGCCUAUAAUUUCCACCUGUUGUCUAUUCCAUUAGCACAACAGCAUGUGAAAUGUAUUGUCAAUCAGUGUUGCUUCCUAAGUGGACAGUUUGAUUUCACAGAAGUGUGAUUGACUUGGAGUUACAUUGUGUUGUUUAAGUGUUCCCUUUUAUUUUUUUGAGCAGUGUAUGUCUACCGUGUCCACGGGACCGAGUUUGGGAAACACUGCUUUAGAGUACCUUCACAAGUGUUAAGUGAAGACUAAAAUAUGUAGCUUAAGCAUUUUUGCCUUAAACUUUUCAAAUGAAUAGUAGUGGUAAGAUUUGCCUGUUGUAUUGGCAUUCAAAGGCUUAUUUCUCCAAGUUUUUUCCCCUCCACAGAUAACAUGUGCACAGUGGUGUACUUUGACGACUGCGUGUCCAUCCGCCAGUGCAAGCAGUACUGCGAGUCCAUGGGGGGCUCCAAAUACCGCUGGUUCCACAAUGCCUGCUGUGAGUGCAUCGGCCCGGAGUGCCUCGACUACGGCAGCAAAACCGUCAAGUGCAUGAACUGCUUGUUCUGAUGGAAGCCAAUGGGACUGGCCACAUUAGGGUACUGUGCUCAAACUGCCACUAGGGGGAAUAUCUGGAGUAGCGUAUGGUGAAGGUUGACUGAGGAUGACUAGAGUGCCUUUGCCUAUUAUAACAAUGCUUCAGUAUUUUGAUGUAAAAUAUUAGCCCUUACGAAUUAUUUUCGCUCUUGAUGCUUUGUUUUUAUAUAUUUUCUAGGUUCUCUAGCAAAUUAGAAAUAUAUGGAUUGUGUUGUAUUUCCACGUAUUGUAAUGCUGUUGAAAGGGUCACUCAAUGCCAAAUAGAUUUUUAGUUGUUUAAAGAGAAGCGGUCAAAUGGAAAAUGAGUAAAUGCCAUUUGUAUAAUUGUUAUUUUAGGAAACGUCAUCCAUAUUCAAUCAAACUGAUAGCCAGCCUUUCCAUACAUCAU